AUGGGACUUCGUGCAACUAUAGAACAGAAAAUCAAAAUUUUAAAGGUGUAUGGGGACUCAGCACUAGUGAUUUAUCAAAUUCGUGGAGAUUGGGAAGUGAGGGAUUCGAAAUUGAUCAAGUAUUGUGAUCUUGUUGCAGAAUUGGUCAAAGGAUUCAAAGAAAUGACUUUUAACUAUCUCUCACAAGAAGAAAACCAAUUGGCUGACGCCCUGGCCACCUUGGCUUCAAUGUUCAAAGCAAGCAAAGAAACUGAAAUAAUGCCUCUUCAAAUGAGCAUAUAUGAGGUCCAUCCACAUUGUUUUAGCAUUGAGAAGGAGUCAGAUGGAUGA